GAGAGAGAAAGGCAGGUGCAAACGGCUCAUACACCGCUGAGGGCUGAUCGCGUAGCCGUUGCUUUCAUCAGCAGUUCGGCAUUAAGACGCGAAAGCGCGUUCGCUGGCUCGGACGCUGCACCGUUUCCUGGCCUUUCAUUUACGGGUCAAAUGUUAUCCAGUGCUCUUGCCUCCUGAGAACGAAUUAGACUAAAGCAUCGUCGUGCUUAAUAAAGGGGGCGUAAUAAAGGUUGUAAUAAAAGUACUUGAACGGAUAAAAUGCCUCCAGAUUCUAGAAGCGUAUCCUUUGUUUUUCAUCGAGAUACAUUUAAUGUAAAGGGUAGCGCAGAAGAUGGUAAAAGUCAAAAGAAUUUCAGACGUAGACUGCAAGAUAAAUUUGAUAAAGAACGUACCGAUGGAUUUAAAAAUAAAUCUGGAGAUAAAGAGAUAGCCGAAAGGCCUUGGCAUAAUCUAAGUUUUGGACAAGUUUCUACAGACUCUAAAAGAGCUUUGAGAAAUGGAGCUGAUAAAAUCUCUAAAACUAUCUCAUCCGUUAGAACAACCUUUGGAUCAAUUUCCCAAAAAUUUAAGAGUUCCACCCGCAGACGCCAAAGACUCGAGGAGCAGCAAUCACCUACUAGCAGUGCUUGUACAACGCAAACACCGCAAUCAAGAUCUCGCCAUUUAUUAGGACGCACACCAACAAAACUAUACAGCCCAUUUGGCAUUGAAUCACCAAGAAGAGCCUGGGAUAAAGAAGUCAACUGCACCCCCUCGAGUAUUGUUUCUAAAAACAUCUGCGAGAACAGACGUCAUCGUCUUUUUAGAUUUGCAAAAGUUAAUGGGUUUUGUUCCUUGAGAUAAGCGAGUAUUCGAGUUUGAUACACGUGUUUCCUAAAUCAGAAAAUUUACGGCUGCUUAAUUACAUCAGCAGGUAUAAUCCUCCCAUCAACUCUUAAAAUUUAAUGCAAAAAUUAAAAAAUUUAUCUUUGCAAGUGAUAGAUUAUAUGUGAACAUAAUAUUUGAGAUUAUUUUGUUCAAUAAGGGAUGAUUGAAUUAAGUAUUAUCUAGACUUUUGAGUGAGUAUUUCGUUUUGUUGAAACAAAUCUUGAGUAUUAUUCAUCGUUCAGGCAACGAAUAUCGUUAUAAUAUAGACAGCUAAAUUUUUAUUUAUU